AUGUGGCAACCUCUUCCCUCUCCUCUCCCUCCCUCAUGUUCCUCCCCCUCUCCACCAGGCCUAUCACCAGCAGCAGUGGCAGGCAUCGCACUGGGAUGCUUCUUUGGCCUUGCCCUCCUCGCGGCUACCCUCGUGUGGUUUCUUCUCCCCAAACGCCGCCGCAAGUGGGGCGACCUGGACGUGUGUCACGAGUUCUCCCUGCAGCAGCUAAUGCAAGCCACCGACAACUGGGCCGACGCAAACCGGCUGGGGCGGGGGGGCUUUGCGACGGUGUACCUGGGUGUUUCGCCCCAAGGGGAGAUGUGGGCCGUGAAGCGAUGUAGAGUGAUGACCAACGACUUUGAGAAGGAGGUGCGCGCCAUGGCAACCCUACGGCAUGAGAACCUGGUGCGGCUGCUGGGGUUCUGUGUGGACAUGCAGGUGGAGAGCGGGCGGCAGGAGCAGGUGCUGGUGUAUGAAUAUGUGGGGAAUGGCGACCUGAAGCACCACAUCCACCACGCCAAGUGCCCCCUCACCUUCCACCAACGGCUCAAAAUCGCUCUGGGAGCAGCAGAAGGCCUCUCUUAUCUGCACAGCUUCAGCACGCCCAUUGUGCACCGCGAUGUGAAGCCCGCCAACAUCCUCGUCACCGACUCGCUGGCCGCCAAGCUCGCUGACUUUGGGCUGCUCAAACAGCUCACUGAGGGGGAUGGGGAGGGCGGUGCCACGAGGAUUGCAGGCACGCCGGGGUAUGUGGACCCAGACUACAAUCGCACACGGGUGGUGUCCCCAAAGACAGACGUUUACAGCUUUGGAGUGGUGCUGCUGGAGAUGCUGACAGGCCGGCCCGCUGUGAUGAGCGAAGAGGACUACCACAUUGCCACGUGGGCGGCCCAACGAGUGGCGGAGUACGAGCUGGACCUGCUGAAAGACCCUUCCAUGGAGGUGCCAGAGGAUGCCAUAGUGGACUUUGCAGACAUUGCUCUCGACUGCCUGAAAAUGCCGUGCACGCGCCGCCCCGACAUGAAGGCUGUAGUGCACCGAAUCGACGAUAUGAUUCAGAAGUACUGUACUGGUAAAGGUGAGUGGGUGGCUGCUCCCGCUGAGCCUGUAAUGAGAGAACUCGUUAGUGAGGAUGUGGAUAGUGUUGGUAUGGAAGGCUUCGGAGGUGUUUGCGGGUUCACAAGCACAGAAAGCACUGACCAGAGCGGUGUGGUUAGUGGGCAAGAAAGUGGCAGUCUCUUGGGUAAGCGAGUGGUGGAGGGAAGGGAUUCGGAAGAGGCGGUGGGUUUGAGGAAUUCAGCCACGGAUAGCAUGACGUCUAAAGGCUCACAUGCAGAGCAUAGUGCAAUCGAAAAUAGAGUUCAUCCCCGCUGA